GGAGGAGGAGGGGGGUGUCCUGUAAGAGUUUGCUGGUCCUCCUCACUCUUCAUCACUCCACAUCCAGGUCACCCCGGGGCGGAGCUGCCUGCACUGCACAGCCAGCCGGACGCGUCUCGGAUACCCUCAUCUUCUUCUUCUUCCUCCUCCUCCGAUAACACGCACUUCUCUCUCCGUCCUGGUCGCCACCGGACGUUCAUUUUUUCAUCCAGAGCGAAAGUAUAACCGCAGACAGGGCCCCCUUCAUCCCCGGUGUUCGCCAUGGGAGCAGAGAGCUCAGUGCAGCGGGACGGGAAGAGCCAGGAGGAGGAUGCGUCGGCUGCAGCCUCCGGGGGGGAGCUGAGCGCGGAGCUGGAGGUGCUCCGGGAGGAGGGAGGCGGCGCGCUGGACACCAAGCCUUUGCAGAAAAAUGGGCAGAUCUCCAGCAUGAGCAGCCUGAACGGACACUCGGAGGACAACACCCUGGCAGAAGUUGGCCAGCCUGAUGCUGUGUCAGUGCCUCAAAAGGAGGAGGCCUCUGAGACCGUGGACACCGCCCAGGAUGAAGUAGCCCCUCAAGUGAAUGGGGAGAAAGUGGAGAAAGAAUCCCCUGAUGCCAAUGACAUCUCCGCUGUUGAGGAGAAGGCAGGGGAGGAGAAGCCUGAUGAUGCAACUGAAGUGGGCUUCAAGAAGAUCUUCCGCUUCGUGGGCUUUAAAUUCACACUGAAGAAAGACAAGAGUGAGGAGAAAGACCCUGUGAAGCUACUGAUGGUCAAAGAUAAGGAAGGAAAAGAGCUCACUGGGACGGAUGAACCUACAAAGGAGGAGGAGGCUGUUACUGCUGAGGAGAAGAGCACAGCUGAAGAGAAGGAGACUGACUCGGAGGCAACUACUGUUGAGGCUGAACUCACUGAUAAAGCUGAAACCACUGAUGCCCCAGCUGGAGACGCUGCAAAUGGAGACACUGAUGAAGCAGUCAAGGGGGAAGAAGCUGAGAAGGAAGGAGAGGCCAGUCCACCCUCCCAGGAGACCACCCUGACCCUGUCCCCCUUCAGAAAGCUCUUCGGUGGAGGCAUCUUCUCUAACCUGCGAAAGAAGGCCAGCAUCAAGAAGACAAAGGAGGAGGAAGACAAGGAGGCAGUUGUUGAAGAGGAAGCAGCUAAAUCAGAGGAAACUGCUGCAGCAGAGGAGGACAAGGUUGAUGCAGAGCUAGGAAACCAGGAGGAGGCACCAGCAACUCCAGAGGAAGACAAAUCGGAGCCAAAGGAGGAGGCUCCAGUCACUCCAGAGGAAGUCAAAUCAGAGGCAACCCUAGCCUCUGAGGAAACCCCUGCUCCCUCAGCAGGUACCUCUGAUGAGACUAAACAAGAAGAGGAAAAAGCAGAGGAGGAGAAGGCUCCAGCAGAGGUGAAGUCUGAGGUGGAGCUCCUCGCAUCACAGGAGAAGGUAAAGCCCCAGGGAAGCCCCCUGAAGAAGCUCUUCACUGGUGCCGGCUUGAAGAAACUGUCAACUAAGAAACAGAAGGCCAAGAAAGAUGCUGAGAGCAAAUUGACUGAGUCUGGCGAGCAGGCGGCUGAGCAGCUUCAGUCAUCCACUGAAUCAGCAGAGGCUCCUAAAGCCGACAGUGGGCCCUCAUCUCCAGAAGAGUCAGGAGAGCAUGUCCUUGCUGUGGAGGUGACCCAGAAUGAGUCCAGCCAAGAGGGUGAUGUUGAAGUUGCCUCUGACGGAGAAAAGAAAAAAGAGGGCAUCAUCGCCUGGUCCUCCUUCAAGAGACUAGUAACUCCCAAGAAGCUUGUGAAAAGGUCUUCUGAGAGUGAUGAUGAAGCCACGGGUGAGAAACCAGCAAAGUCGGCCACACUGUCCUCUUCUGAGAGCGCUCCAUUAGCAGAUAAGAGUGUUGAGGAGGAGGCCAUGGAGGAAAAGCCAACUGAGGAAGAGCCAAAUACUGAAAACACUGAGAAACUUGUCAGCAGCACCGAAGAGCCCAAAAAGAAAAUGGACACCUCAGUCUCCUGGGAGGCCCUCAUGUGUAUGGGUGGAACCAAAAAGAGGACAAGGAGGACAUCUGAUUCUGAUGAUGAGGAGACCAAGAUUGAAGAGGAAGCAGCAGCAGUUGUAGAAUCAGUUGCAGAAGAGGAAGAGGAGGUCAAACCCGAGGCUGCUGUUGUCACUUCUGCCUCACAAAACACAGAGAGUGAAGGAGAAGAAGUUGUUUCCUCCCCUGAGCCUUUAAGCCCCCCUGAGAGAGAAUCUACCUGGGACACACUGAAACGCAUGGUUAUGUCAAAGAGUAAGCCCAAACUUGAUGAAAAACCAGAGGAGAGUGCAAACCAAGUCCAGUCAGACAGUGAAGCCCCAAAGGAAGAGUCAUCUUUCUCCUUGAGGAAGUUCUUCCCUGGACGCAGAAAGAAGAAGGUUGAAAAGCAGACCUCCACUGAAGCUGGAGAGGAGGACUCUGACACCCCAGCUGUGGUUCCUCUCUCAGAGUACGAUGACCAAGUUGAGGCUAAACAGGAAGCACCAGCUGAAAUCCAGACUAACGUGUCUACUGAAGAUAGAUCCCCUUCAUGGAUUCCAGCCUCUGUCGAAGAAGCUGAUAAUAACCACGAUCAGCUGAGUGACAUCCCAGAGGAGGCAGAGAAUGCUGCCACCCCAAAGUCUGUUGACACUGAUAUUGCAGAUGAUGAGGACCAGGCUAUGCAGACCAACAACAGUCUUGGUCGCAGGGGUCGUAGGCUGUCCACAGCUGAAAUGAAGCCUGUCACUCAGGCUCCAGCUGCAGAGGCCACCCUCGUUCCUCAGGGACCCUUGUCGGGAAACGCCGAGGAGGUUGUGGCGGGUAUUGAGGCCCAAAUCAGUGAAAUUGUAUGCCAGACAUCUGUGACUGUUGUAGAUGUAUCAGUAGAGGCAGCUUCUGAAAACAUCGAGGAUGAACCACCAACUGAGAAUGCAGAGGUAACGUCAAAUACUAUCCUGCAGCCACAUACUAGUGAAGAGGCAAUGGCUAUCUGUACUGGCCUGGGCACAAAGGAGAUUGCCAAAGUAGCUCUGGAGAAGCCUGCAACAACCCUCGUUGAGUGCAUGGCCGUGGUCCAUGAUGUCCUGGGCACAGAGGUGUUGUUGGAAGAGAAACCAGCAAGUCCAGAGGAAGUCAUAGUUGCGGAAGAUGCAGUGUUCAUGGCCCAAGUGCAGCAAGUUGAAACCACUGACCUUGAGCCCGCUGUUGAAAAUUCCCAGGAUGAUGUGGAAGGCAUUCAGGUUGCCACUGAGAGCUGCGAACCUGAAAUUGAGAGGAUUGGAGUCGUCACCACUCUUCUGGAGGAGUCUGUUGUCCUUCAGACCACCACAGUGAGCGAGAACUCUCCAAAAGCUGAAGUAGUCAACCCCAUUACCCCAACAUCUGAGACAGCCAUCUGCACCCAGAGCAUAGAAGUCAUCGAGCCAACUGUAGAGACCAAGGCAGUGAAAAUGGACACGGAGCUGCUUGAUGCUGCCACCGAGGAAAAUGCACCUAUCACAGAGGUAUUUCAGGUUGUGAAUGAGGAGAUAUCUUUUACCAUGUGUAGUACUACAAUGACCACCAUCACAAAGGAGACUGUCCUAUCAAGUGAGGAGGCUCCUGUCAUCACAGAAACGGUGGUUGGCAUCACCCCGCUCAGUGUGGAGUCUGACCAGGUGGCAAGCUCAGAGGAGGUCACCAUAAAGGAGGAAGAGACAGUUGUGGAGACUGUGGAGGCCACUGCCAUUGAGAUUGUAAAGCCAGAGAGUCCUGCUGUCGGUGAGCAGGCAACAGAGGAGAUGGAGGAAAUCCAGGAUGAUGUGCAGCAGGCCUGUGUGAUUGAGGCUCAGAGCCAGGUUAUUGCCCAGGCUAUCAUUCAGGAUGCCAUAGAUAAAGUUUCAGAGACCACACCUGAACCCCAAGAGCCUGCCACCGCCCCAUCACCAGUCCAGGCAACAGCAGGAAUAGAGGAAGAAAUCAUAACUGAGAACAUUGUCACCGUCGACACCCCUGUCGCUGUCGUCUGUGACAUACCAGCACCGAAGUCACCCCCGCAGCUUCAUGUUGCCAUGGAGGUCAUUGACACAAUCGCUUUAGAGGUCACAGAGAGCCUUGAUGUAAAGGUAGAGGAGGAGGAGAAGAAGGAACAAGUGGAAGAGUUGAAGCAAGCUGUGGAGGUUAAAGUAAGUGAAGAAGAAACGGUUGUAGUGGAAGAAGUCGUAGAGGGUGUCGCAGAGGUGGAGAAGGAAGAGAGCCAAGAGGAGGAGGUGAAACCACAAUCAGAGGAAUCAGAGGAGAACAAAGAAACAGAGAUCCACAUUCCAGUCCAGGUGGUCCUGCAGUCAGCACAUCUGGUGGAGGAGCCAUCGGUGGAAGAAGAGGCCGUGGUAGAGUUUGACAGCAAUGGACCAGUGAACAACAACAUCAGCGUAGAGCCCACGAGCCCCGCAAGCGUAAAAAAACUCUCAACACUGUCAGAAGAAGCUCAAGCGACGGCGUCAGGAGAGGUCACGGAGGCAGCAGCGGACCAGCCGGAGACGGAGAAGACGACAUCAGGGAAGUGCGCCGAGGUGAUGGCCCAGGUGAUCGAGGUGAUUGAGGAGGCCGUGAAGGAGAUCGAGCCUGUGUCCACAGAGAUCACAGCAGCAUCAUGAGCAGGUGAAGAUACUAGACUGAUGCCUGGGAGACGCACUGUCUGGACCAGGAAGUGAGUGAUAACGGAGAGAGAGAGAGAGAGAACGAGAGAACGAGAGAGAGAGAGAGCGAGAGAGAGAGAGAGAGAGAGAGAGAGAGAGAGAGAGAGAGAGAGAGAGAGAGAGAGGCUGCUCUAUGCUGAGACUGGGCCCCGCCCAGAGAGACUGAGUGAUGAACAACAGCUCUGCCGUUCUCUCCACCUCCCCUUCCACCCGUAGUCCGGCCCCAUCCUGCAGACCCCCGUCACGAGGACGCGACGCCACACCCUCGCCCCCUUCACUCACUCUCUCUCACACACACACACUCAUGCAUGUCCCAUGCCUCAGAAGCAUCUCCAUCUGGCUUGUAAUCGGUGUGAUGUAUGUUCAAUGUCUCAGUGACUUUCCAUUGCCCUUGCUACAUUAGGCGAGAGUCCGCAACCUGGUCUGAGUGUGUCUGUGCAUGUGUGUGCGCGCGCGUGUGUUUGUAUGUGUAUAGUAGCGAGAGUGAGAUGGUGUCAGAAGGUGAAGAGACGGAGGAUUAUUAUCUUGUGUAUUGUAUUUAUAUCUUGAAUAUUCUUUCAUUCACCCCAAAGUCUUUAUUUUUCUUUUUUUGUCCCCUUUUGUUAUUGUAUGGACAGUGUUGCCUGUUUUUAAAAUUCCCACAUUAAGCUGUGAAGCAGUAGGUCUUCUUUUGAGUAACAUUAUGACUGUUGACACGGAGAAACAUCUGAAAAAAGUAAAAUGUACCAAAACAAGUGCGAAUAUGUUGCAUAAAAGUGAUUUGUGUACCGCAGCUUUUUUUUCUUUCUGUCAUACUCUGAAGAUUAUUUCAAGCAUCUGUAGCAUUUAUAACUAAACCAUGGUACAAGUGUGAUGCCACCGAGAGUGAGCGACGAUACUGUGUGCAGAGACGAGAACAGAGAGAAUGAAGCUAUCCACCAGAAUUUGCACCACGUGUUUGACUUUUGACACAUUCUCUCGUCACACUGUGUUCUUCACUCUGCAGCCUAACAGGACACAUAGUAAGCUUAGUGUAGAUAAGACAACAAACAAACCACUGCCUGAUUUACUGUGAAAUAAAUAUUGUUACACAUUGUUCCAUGUCAUUAUACAAUAAAAUAUGAUUAUAACAACAUUUGGUCAUGUGGCAGAGGUAUUUGCUAAACAAUGAUACGUUUGGGUGUUUUUUUUUUCAACAGAGUCAUGCUGGGAAAAUACGUGCAUGAAAGAAACGGUUACAAAGCAAACCCUGUUCACGUUGUUAAAUGGUUUUCUGAGUUAUUAUGUGACAUAUGUCUCAGUGGUGUGUGGUAGUUUUAUUGAGGUUUAACACCUGUCUUUAUGGCGGUAUACAUUUCUUCAUGGAAAUACAGUAUGUUGACGCCCUCUGUUGCCUCCAAAAUGCAUCGCACCCUUCAAUAUACAGUCAUUUGUGUUAUUUUGACUUCAACUGUACAUGUCAACAAGGGCGAUCGAGUAUGAACAUGGUCUUUGCUCUGCUUAGUCUUAUGUCAGAACCUGCUUCAUGUCGUGUUCCCCCAACCAAGCGUGAUAGCUCAGGUUCACUGAGAACGCUAGACUCACUGUUGUGGCUUUAGACAGAGACACAUAGACUGCAUGGUACCAUAAAUAACAGCAAACGCUAUUUAGUUUCCUAAUUUAAAAGCCAAAUCGAGUUAGGAUAAAUCAGGGAGUCGUGGUCUUUCCAUUGCUCACUGGACUAAUUCUAUUGUUUAGGUCGCAUGCGGUUGAAUGCCUAAAGCUCGGCGACAAACCUAAUUAAUAACUUCAUAAGCAAAGUGGUAAAUGUUUUAGGACGGUAGAAUAUAUGAAACAUUCCAGUUUAAGCACCAAAACAAACAUGUGUUUCAACGGUAUUCGUUAAAUUUCGCAACCAUUGUUGACAAAGUUGCUCUGUGUCACGGUGAGUGCUUCUUUCAUCCGUUUUAUUUCGGAGACUCAUAGUUUAAUCAGCUUUAUGACCAAACCGGAGCAGCACCGGGAAGCACCGACCCCUGUUAGGUCAUCACUUCCCUUCACUCUGGCUCCAGAGACGUGACACAUCCAUGACACGUGCUUUAUGUAAAAAAAUAAUUAAACAAUCGAUUUAAAGCAAACUAAAGGAUUUCGUUGCAUAAUGUAAAGCAUUCAGUUGUAGGACACCCGGCCACCGUCAGUUUUCCCUGCUUUUUGUAACACUGUGAACCUGUUAACAUUUGUACAGAUUGUAUACCUACUGUAUGUACCUAAAAUCAUAUUGUUGUAAUAUUAACUACAAUAACCUGCAGACAUUUAGCAUAUUACUCACGUAGCAUGGUCUUAAUUGCCUUUUAUAUUUUCCAAGCUGUUAAUAGUAAGGAUACAGAUUCUUGUCUAUAUUUCAAUCAAUAAAGGUAGAGAAAGUU